UCCAUCAUGGAGGGCGAGCUCACUUGCCCGAUCUGCCUGGAGCUGUUUCAAAGGCCGGUGGUGCUACCUUGCUCGCACAAUCUCUGUACCAGAUGCGCCAGGCGCAUUCUAGAACCUCGGGGGUCGUCAAAGGCGUGGGCCGACUGGGUUACCGAGAAUAAGGGACCGAAUUACAAGUCACACCUGGAGCCCGAUGUGAAAUGUCCGUCUUGUCGGAGAAAAAUCCCGGUUGACCCUCGAGGAGUUGACGCUUUACCGAGAAAUCUCAUCCUUGAGAAUGUCAUUGAGAGGUUUAAAGAAGAACGCGCCGUACCAGGGCGGCAGGCUCAGCAGCCUGUUCUUUGCCAGUUCUGCGAGGAUGUCGCGCCACAGACGGCGACGUGCACGUGUAAACAGUGCGGCUUCUCGUACUGCGGCACGUGUUUCGACGCUUGUCACCCCAUGAAGGGACCCCUAGCAAGCCACACACUAGGCCCCCCUGAUGAUAAAGUCCCUAAGCCUAAGAACACCUCCAACAUGAUGUGCCCUGACCACCCGCACGAGAGGAUGGCUCUCUAUUGCUACGGGUGCAGGUCUGCGGUGUGUUAUUUGUGUAAGGAGGCCGGGUCGCAUAGGGCUCAUCACGUGGAGCUCCUGGAGAAAGUGUUUCGUAAGACAAAGGACGAGGUAACACGAAGCCUGGGGACCCUCAUGAGAAGGAACACCGCGACUCAGAAACUUGUGGAUACGCUAGAAGGGAUGUGCGCGGUAGCGAAGAAAUCGGGAAAUGACGUAGAAUCUCACGUGAAAAAAGAAUGCGAUGCUCUGCUUGCCAUUGUCGAGAAGAAGAAAGCUGAGUUGCUGGAUAAUGUGAAUUCUGAGUACAAUGAGAAGCUAGCAGAGCUGCACGAGACCAUCCUAGAGUGCGAUAAGACUCUUCAACAGUCGCUGGGUCUCGUCGAGUUUUCCCAGGAGGCACUGAAAGAGGACAACCCAGUAACAUUUCUCCAGACUUCCUCAGCUUUGCAAACCAGAAUGGCACUGAUGCUUGAGUCAAUCAAAGGCCUUCGCCCCGCCUCCUCCAUCACACCCACAUUCGAGCACAUGGCUGUGGAUACUUCGUGGGAGAGAAAGAUCCUGAAAAAGCUGACAUGGUUACAAAUACCAGAUUGCCCGUCUUUCGCGCCUUCGCAGUGUAGGGUCACUAAUCGCACGGUCUAUCUGGUCUGGUCUCAGCCGCACAGUGCCGUAGACUCGUACCAGCUCGAGGCAGAGGUCACCAACCCCUCACCCUACCCCGGUGGGGGAGAUAAUCGAGAGUUGAUCCAAGUGUGUACAGGGACAAGCUGUCGAUAUAUCGUGGAAUGUGCGCAGUAUAGCGCCAGGGUGGUCGCGCGUGUCAAGGCCGCUAAUCGUGCAGGGGAGGGACCGUUUAGCAAGGAGAUUGUUCUCCGCGCUGCUAAGGGUCUGCAUUUUAAGUUGGACCCGUCCUCUUGCACACAGCGUGAACUUGUAUUCUCACGUGACCUUUUAGUUGCCAAGGUAACGAGCGCCGUCCCUGCGACCCUGCUCGGUGACGUCAUGCUGGGCACUGGCCGUCACUACUGGAAGGUCAAGGUCGACCAGUUCGCCGGAUGUAACCACGCCGGGUAUUUGGCAGUUGGCGUGGCUGCUAAGCCAUCCCAGGAAAAGGUUAUUGGGGACUAUGACGAUUCAUUUGGACUCCAAAUCUUCGAAAACACCACUAAAUGGUGUGACACAGGGAGCCAGUUCAUCCAGGUCAAACAGAAGACAAAAGAAUUCAAGGGAUGCAACAUUGCGGUACUUUUAGACCUCGACGAGCAGAUGAUGAAUGUCUACCUCAAUGGCAAGCUGCAGACACCCGAUACGAGGCCUGGAGGGCCCUCAUUCGUAGGGGUCUCGGGGACUUUCUCUCCAGCACUCAGCGUAUAUGGCACUAGUGCUCAGAUGACCUUGAUUCCUGGUCUGCAGUCACCGUCUACCCCACCAGGUAUACCAGUGAUAAAUCUUGAAGACUGUUCUAUUGACAACACCAAAAUCAGCUUUGCUUGGGUCCCCCCUGAACAGUGCAACGUGGACUGUUACAUUAUGGAGGUUGACAUACUGGAUCGGGAGGGGGACAUCCACCAGGAAAGAACUUUUACAAAGGUGUACCAAGGACCGCGCAACAAGUUCACGCUAAGGGGACUGGAGUACAAUGUAACAGUGGUUGCGCGUGUCAAAGCUGUAAAUACCGCUGGCGAGGGUGAGCCUAGCGAAGAGAUAUCUCUGUCAACAGAGAAAGGUGUCAUCUUCAAGCUUGACACAGAAACUAUUCACAAGUCCCUCAAGCUUUCAAAUGGAGACAUGGUGGUGAGCCAGAGUAGCAGUAUACAUUCCAACGUGUUUGGCGACGCCCUGCUUGCAGAUGGAUGUCAUUACUGGAGGGUCAACCUCGACUUUUGCAAAGACAACGCCUUUAUUGCCGUGGGAGUUGCCAGAAGGCCAACCCAAGAUUCCAUUAUCGGUAAUGACACAAACUCCUUCGCUCUUCAAGUAUUCCAAGGGGCGGCAGUUCGCACGGAAAACACCAAAAACAAGAUUCAGAUCAAAAGAAAAGCAAAAGAUCUAAAGAAUAGCGCCUUUGGGGUCCUUUUGGAUCUUAACAAAGAGAUCCUGAACGUGUACCUCGACGGCGAGCUCCAAACGGAUAGUGGCCGUCCCAAGGGACCAAGUUUCAAGGGGCUCUCUGGGAUGUUUUGUGCUGGGCUGUGCCUAUAUGGUGCCAAGGUUCAGCUCAACCUAGUUACGGGUAUAGAGACCCCUCCACCCCCUGAUCCACCGUCCUUCAAUCAGCUGAAGUGCAAAGUCGAGAACACCACCGUUCACUUUGGCUGGCAUCCACCGGCUUCUCGGUGCCCUGUAGACUAUUACAUCCUGGAGAUUGACAUGGUUAAGGCAGCAGAGUUUGGGCACCGGAAGCGAAAGGACCGGAAGUUCAAGCGGGUGUACGAGGGCCCUAAACUGGAGCACUACAUGCUUAGCGUCCCUUACAGCGUGAAGCUGAUUACGCGCAUCAUGGGGAUCAACAUGGCUGGGGAGGGGACCCCCUGUGAUGAGCUAGUACUCUCUACACCUAAAGGGCUAUAUUUCCAACUUGACCCCUCUACGGCCAAUCACGAGCUGGAAAUGUCUCCUGAUAACUGCACGGUGGCUCUGAAGAGUCCGAUGUACACCUUUAUUCUCGGGAACGUCAAGCUCUCCUCGGGGCGUCAUUACUGGAGGGUCCAUGUUGAUGAAUUCAGCAGCCCGAAUCAGCUCUCUAUCAUCGGGGUGGGAGUUGCACGUGGAAUUAUCGACGACCCGAUCCUUGGAGAAGACUCGCACUCGUACGCCGUACAGAUCAACGAGCACCCUACCACAACAUGUAUCAACACAAAGAACAGGAUUCAGAUCAAGAGGUCAUCGGCUGAGAUGACUAAUAGUAAUGUAGGGGUGCUGCUUAACCUGGACGACCACCUUCUCAACAUCUACUUCAAUGGAAAGCUAGUGACCGACAACUCCAGACCAAACGGCCCAACAUUCCACGGGAUAACGCAAGCGUUCUACCCGGCCCUGAGCCUGUACGGGAUGAACGUCAAGCUGACAGUGCACACGGGAGAGGCCUUUGAUACAUAGACAUGAAUAGGCGAAACGCAUUCCCCCAGGGGGAGGUGGAGGGAUUAUGCAAGUGUUCUACCCGGCCCCCUGACAGCAAAAUUACUUUCAAGAACAUGACACAGCAAUGAAUUUGUGA